GUUUUCUAAAGUAAAGAUGGCGGAUUGCUAACUUUUGUUGUUAGUUGUGGGAUUUGAUCUUUGACAGUACGUGUUUGAUUAACGACAAAUUGAUAUUUCAACGAUUAUUGUAGAAUAGGCUUGCCAAAAUGGCAAAAACAAGGGGUCCUUUCUUAGAAUUGAUUGAAGUUGACAACUUCAAAUCCUAUAAAGGAAGAUUGGCAAUAGGUCCAAUGAAAACAUUCACUUCGGUAGUUGGUCCUAAUGGAUCGGGAAAAUCAAAUUUCAUGGACGCUAUCAGUUUUGUUAUGGGAGAGAAAACAACGUCUCUUCGAGUGAAACGAUUGAGCGAUCUAAUCCAUGGAGCUUCUAUUGGCCAGCCUGUUGCUAGAAGCGCUUCAGUAACAGCUGUUUUCCGAAUGCCAGAUGAUACGGAAAAACGCUUCACCAGGUCUGUUCAAGGCUCUUCUUCAGACUACAGAAUCAACAGAGAGGUUGUGACAACACAGCAAUAUCUGAGCGAAUUGGAAGCGAUCGGUAUCAACGUGAAGGCGAAGAACUUUCUCGUGUUCCAAGGUGCGGUCGAGUCGAUUGCUAUGAAAAAUCCAAAGGAAAGAACCGCUCUUUUCGAGGAGAUCAGCGGAUCUGGUGCGCUGAAAGAGGAUUACGAUCGUUUGAAAUCUGAAAUGUUGAAGGCUGAGGAGGAAACUAAUUACUCCUAUCUGAAGAAAAGAGGAGUGGCAGCAGAAAGAAAGGAAGCCAGAAUGGAAAAGGAAGAGGCCGAGAAGUAUCAGAGACUCAAGGAUGAAUUGGUUGAGAAAGAAGUUGAGUACCAGCUGUUCCGUCUCUAUCACAACGAGAACGAGAUCGACCAUUACGAGAAAGAGGUGGAGAAGAGGAAGCGAGAAGUGGAGAAGGUUGAGAAGAAGAAGGAGAAAGCCGAAGAAGCGCUGAAAGAAAAGAAGAAGGAACAUGGCAAACUGAACAGAGAACUUGCUAAAAUUGAACAGGAGAUAAGAGAGAUGGAAGUGGAAGCGGGCAAAAAGCGUCCGUCGUUCAUCAAGGCAAAAGAGCGCGUGGAUCACAUCAAGAAGAAGCUGAACACGGCCAAGAAGUCGCUGACCGAGGUGCGAACUGCCAAUGAGGCGCACGAGAAGGACAUUGCCGAACUGGAGAAGGAGCUGCGCGAAGUGGAUGCGCAGAGGCAACAGUGGGAGGAGCAGCUGGCCGACGAGAGCCAAUCGCAAGGCAGGGAUGUGCAGUUGGAGGACGCUCAGGUGAACGAGUACAACCGACUGAAGGUGGAGGCGCAGAAACAGUCUGCCAGGUUCCUGCAGGAGUUGGACUCGAUCAACCGCGAGCAGAAGGCCGAGCAGGACAAGUUGGACAACGAGGCCAGCAUCAGGUCCGACCUGGCCAACACCAUCAAGCAGAAGGAGCACGAGAAGGCCGAGGCCGCCAAGCGAGUCGACAAGCUCAACGAGCAUAUCAGAACAAGCGAACGAGCACUGGAAGAGCAGAAGGCUCUUCACCACGAGCUGCAGUCCUAUGUGGGCUCCUCAAAGGAGCGCAUCAAGGAACUCAACACCGAACUGGAAACUGUCCAACAGCAACUGGGUGACGCCAAGGUCGACAAACACGAGGACUCGCGUCGCAAGAAGAAGCAGGAAAUCGUGGAGAAAUUCAAGCGACUGCACCCGGGCGUCUACGAUCGCCUCAUCAACAUGUGUCAGCCGAUUCACAAACGGUUCAACGUGGCCAUCACCAAAGUGCUCGGCAAGUACAUGGAGGCAAUCGUGGUCGACACUGAGAAGACGGCACGCAUGUGCAUCAAUUAUCUCAAGGAGCAUAUGCUGGAUCCGGAGACCUUCCUGCCGUUGGAUUAUAUUCAGACCAAGCCGCUGAAGGAGCGCCUGAGAAACAUAAAGGAGCCGAAGAACGUGAAACUACUGUACGACGUGCUGAACUACUCCCCGCCCGAGAUCAAGCGAGUCAUUCUGUUCGCCACCAACAACGCAUUGGUCUGCGACACGCCCGAGGACGCCAUGAAAGUCGCUUACGAAAUGGACGGCCAGAACAGAUACGAUGCGGUGGCAUUGGAUGGUACAUGCUACCAUAAAUCUGGUAUCAUGUCUGGAGGUAGUUUGGAUCUGGCACGAAAGGCUAAGCGAUGGGACGACAAACAAAUGUCCACUUUGAAGCAGAAAAAGAAACAACAAAUUGCAAUGCUUGAUAAAGAACUAAUAAGACUGAGAGAGAAGGAAGAAGAAAUCGGACCAAGAACCGAGACAAUUGAGAGAUCGAUGCGCACGCGCGAAACCCAGAUCGAGGAUAUGAAAGAGCGCUUGAACAACGUGGAAGACGACAUUUUCAAAGACUUCUGCGAUCAGAUCGGCAUGGCCAACAUCAGGCAGUAUGAGGAACGAGAACUCAGGUCGCAGCAGGAGAGAGCUAAGAAGAGACUUGAAUUCGAGAACCAGCGUAACAGGAUCAUAAAUCAGCUGGAGUUUGAAAAAAUGAAGGAUACCAAAAACAAUGUGCUGCGCUGGGAACGAGCCGUUUGUGAUGACGAGUACGAACUGGAGCGAGCCGUGCAGGCGCAGAACAAGCAGUCGGCCGAAAUAGAGAAGGACAAGGAGGAGAUCGACCGGCUCAAGUCCGAGCGACAAAACAAGAAGUCGGAGGUCGAUGCUAUGGACAAAGAGAUUGGAGAGGCCAGAAGAGAGGUUGGCUCAAUUGCCAAAGACAUCCAGGCGUUGCAGAAGCAAGUGACCAAUGCCGAAUCCAAGCUGGAGAUGAAGCGAGCUGAGAGAAAGCAAAUCCUCAAACACUGCAAGAUGGAAGACAUCCAAGUGCCAAUGCUGGUGGGUAAUAUGGAAGAUAUAGCCGUGGAAUCUUCGAUUAUGGACUCCACCUCUAUAGAUACCAGCACCCACUCAAGCCAGCAAAUGUAUGACAGGGAAGACAGGAUAAAGAUGGACUAUUCGAUUUUGAAGGAUAGCUUAAAAGAUCUAGAAGAGGACGAGGUGAAGAAGAAAGGUGACAAACUAGCUAAAGCCAUCAGUGAUCAGUCGCUUCAAUUGCAGAAAAUUCAGGCGCCUAAUAUGAAGGCAAUCCAAAAACUGGAAAUGGCACGUGAGAAGCUACAGUCGACGAACGAGGAAUUUGAGGCGGCACGUCGCCGCGCCAAAAAAGCCAAGCAGGCAUUCGCCAGAGUCAAAAUGGAUCGAUACGAUAAGUUCCAAAAGUGCUUCGAGCAUGUUGCCAACGAGAUCGACAGUAUUUACAAGUCACUGGCUCGUAACCAGUCGGCGCAGGCCUUCUUAGGGCCGGAGAACCCCGAGGAGCCCUACCUGGACGGAAUCAACUACAACUGCGUGGCACCCGGCAAGCGCUUCCAGCCCAUGUCCAACCUGUCGGGAGGAGAGAAGACUGUUGCCGCGCUCGCGCUACUAUUCGCCAUUCACAGCUACCAGCCAGCACCGUUUUUCGUGUUGGACGAAAUUGACGCAGCUCUGGACAACACGAACAUUGGCAAGGUGGCCUCCUACAUCCAUAGCAAGAGCAACGCCCUGCAAACCAUUGUCAUCUCGCUCAAAGAGGAGUUCUUCAGUCACGCCGACUCGCUGGUCGGAAUCUGUCCGGAUGUCGGAGAGUGUCUCAUCAGUCGUGUCUAUCUGCUCGAUCUCACACAGUUCCCUCAACAUUGGUAAUCGAUUCAAGUGGAAGUCAAGUGUGCAGAUGUACAGUCACCAAAAACACUGGUUUAAAUGGGAAAAAUAGGGAAAAAUGUUGAAAUUGCAGAGGCGUAAUAGCAGCUGACCUUUUCCUCGUCACUGAACCAUCUAUAUACCUGCUCGAACUCACACAAAAUUUCCCUCAGCAUAGGUAAACAGUUUAUUUAUUCCUCCCAAAUGAAGUGUGUUGAGUUAACACAAUCUAAAUCACACAUUUUCCCCAAAUGAAGUGUUUUGAAUAGGUUUAGUAUUAAUUUAGUAGUAUGUUAUGAGUCGAUGUUUUAAUAUUUUGUUUAUCUUUUUAUUCAAUUUUCUCAAAAUGAAGAGUGUUGAAUUGGUGAAUAUUGAUUUAGUAGUAUGUUAUGAGUAGAUCUUUUGUGCGAGAGGUGAAGUUUUUGAACUCACACAAAAAUUCCCUCAGCAUUGGUUAUCAGUUUAUCUUAUCUUCCUCAAUGAAAUGUGUUGAAUUGGUGAAUAUUGAUUUAGUAGUAUGUUAUGAGUCGAUUAUUUAAUAUUUUGCUCAUUUUGUUUAUCAGUUUAUUCAAUUUUCCCGAAAUGAUGUGUGAUGAAUUGGUGAAUAUUGAUUUAGUAGUAUAUUAUGAGUCGGUUAUUUAAUCUUUUUUGCAAAAGGUGAGGUUUUUGAACUCACACAAAAAUUCCCUCAGCAUUGGUGAACAGUUCAUCUUAUCUUCCUCAAAUGAAAUGUGUUGAAUUGGUGAAUAUUGAUUUAGUAGUAUGUUAUGAGUAGAUUAUUUAAUAUUUUGUACGAGCAUAUUUUAUGGAGAUGAUUGACUACAGGGAAUAAGUAUGAUUCUCAUUAUUUAUCUCAAUAUUGUUUUAAUUAAUAUUAUUAUGAAUAAUAUUAUUUGAAUAUUAUUAUGGACGAUAAGAUUGUCUAAAUUACUAAAGGGACUAUGUAUAGUUUUUAAUAUUAAUAAGACAUUGGUAAUCGAUUCAUUUUUUCAAGUGAAAUAUGUUAAAGAUGAUGGUUUUUCGAUCCAUUCCGAGCUGCGAUGUAAUACACGGUUUUGAUGUAUUUAUAACGACGUGCUGUCAUUAUAAAUACAUCAAAACCGUGAAAUAUGUUAUAAGGAGAGUGUAUCUGAUCGAUCUCUCGCAGUUUUCUCAGAAUUGGUAAUCGAUUGGUUCGUAUCUUCUUGAUCCUAAAUGACGUGUGUUGAAUUGAUUCAUUUUAUCGUAUGAUUCGAUUAUUUAAUUGUAUGUAAAGCAUAUUUUAUGGACGAUUGGAUUGGCUACAGGAAGUAUGUAUCUCAAUAUUGUUUCAAAUAAUAUUGAGGAGUAACAUAAUAUUUCCAUUGACGAUAAGUUUGGCUAUUGGAAAUAUAUUUGGUUUUCAAUAUUUGUCUUAGCAUUGUAAUUUGAGUAUAGAACAGUUUAAAUAACCUGACUUAUAACCUGUUUUCUUAUAACUAGUAAUCUAUUUUUUUCAAAUGAAAUGAGUACCACCCAAUCAUAUUUUCAUGGUAAGU